AGAUCGAGCACAGCUGUUACUUAAUUUGCAGAUUACUUCCUGGUUCUGUUCAAAGCCUGAUCCAGUUCUAAUAUGAGGAAAUUUGUCACCCAAAGACAUAUUGCACUGUUCAUCCCAAACCUUGGCAAAUUUAAUGCAGUGAAGUACAAUGUUGUUUCUUCCAUUGUGAUGUAACUUUGAUGUUUCCACAUGGACAUGUUUGAACUUGUGUUAAAUCUGAGCGAUGUAACUGCUGUCAACUUUAAACGUUGCAAGGCUGUCCCUGGAACACACAGUGACAUUGUUAUCUGAAGUGGCAGGAAAUUGUCAUGCUAACAGCUUGCAGUCUGGAGGGGACCUCUAAUGUCUGCCAGAACGUCUUGGGAUCGCAAGGAGCCGGGCUGCUGCAUCGCUGAGGAAUUCCACUCCACAUUGCUGCAGACGAGAGAAGUCCCAUCCAGAGAGAGGAGAAAAAACUUCAAUGGAGAUGACAGUGUGGUGAUAUUUGUUCGGCUUCGGCACUUGGUGUGAAGUUGCUCUCCGUGAUCUGAGAAGUACAAGUACACUUGUCCGCAGGACACAGCUGGCCAUCACAAUGAAUGCCCCAUUUGCAAACAGUCAAGAUGACCCCCGCUUCCAGACAAUCUCCUCCAUGACGUACACAGCGCCAGGUGCCAUAAUGGCCGCUAACCGGUCAAAGCUCACCACUCCACAGAAGAUGUUUGCUGAGCCGGCCACACCAGAGUCCCUCAGGCGGAAGGGCUCCAGUGUUUUGUCUCCAGUUGACAAAACAGAACCGCAGGACAAGGGCAGCAUAGCGAAAAAUACCAAAAGAGGUUACGAUGGGGAGAGCCCAAACACUCAACCCCCCGGUGGUGCAACUUGUUGGUCCGGGGUUAAAAAUUCCCAUGUCAGUUCUGACAGGGUGGGGAAAUCCGGGAAUCCUCAGGAACCAAAGACCAAAAAACACCCUAAGGGGCUGGUGAGUUUGCCCAGCUUUGAGGAGGCUGUGGAAGGGGAGACAAUGGCUAAGUGCAUAGCUGAGAUGUCCCGUCACAUGCGCGCCAGUACAGGAGGAGCUGCCAACAGGAGUAGCCAGUAUGCCUACAACCUACGGCGGGCGUCAAUAGAUAUCCCUCGUGACGCCUUCAAGUUUACGAAUCGACCCUCGGGCCGAGCUGAGGUUCUACAAACACCCUAUUAUGCAAAGGACCCCUCUCAUGGCUCACAGGGUCAGCAUGAUGCGCCCGUAAGGAGGCACAUGGAAAUACGCCGGCAGAUGAGUGCACCCACUUUUGGGAAAACUGCCCCACCCCCAAAGCCACCGCGGAAGAUGAUCUUUAGUGAUGUCCAGUCUUCACCCUCAGGGAGCACCUCACCUCAAGGAGGCAGUGUUGCCUCUCAACCCAGACCAAAAGUGCAUGAGUAUAUGAGGUUUGAUUCAGCCCCUUGUGGGAUGCCAGCCGUAGAAGGUGACAGAAGAAAUACAAGAGGAGAAACACCCGACGUCGAUCAACCACUGAGGAAGAAAUACCCAGUGAGUAACAAAGAGCAAAGUGGUGAGGCAUCGGUUAGCCCUUGGUCCAAUAGAGCUGUCUCAGCUCGUGUCUCAUCUAGACCACGAAAGCUCUCGAGUUCCAGCAGCUCAUCCAACUCGAGCUCCAGCCCUGACCCGUUGACGCCGUCAGCAUCGAUGAGUUACAAGACCACUGCGUUUUAUCGCCAGGUCUCUGAACCAGCUGUCGUGCCACAAAGCACAACCAGCAUCCAUCUCCCAGCUGUAGCCAACAGCCGCAAACUUUCAGCAGAGGAACGAUGCAGCAGCAUCCAGAAAUCACAUUGUACAAGACCUCAGAUACCCAAGUCUAAAAGUACUGAGUUUUCAUCACUGACACAACGUAAAGCCGCCAGGGCUGAAAGUCCCAGCCACGACUCAAGUGGCAGUAAAAGUUCAAUUACAUCAAAAAUCCCAGUCCAUAAAGCCCUUCCUCUAUCUGCUCACAGUAAUGCAUCCAGGACACCAGUGAAACCAAUCAGAUUUACCAAUGCUGCCUUCAUGUUCUCAGCUGAAGAGACGCAGUCAGCGCCUGCAACUCCCGUGGAUGUGCCAUCCAAAAAGGAGAGCCUGUUUCUUUCCAAAAUACCUGUUUCUUCAUCACUGGGAAGUCUUGUCUCAUCUAUGUCCCCGAGAGGAUCAGUCAGCUCUUUGAAGUCACCUGCAGCCUCCCAUCAAAAAUAUGAAGACUCUGUGCAGUCUAGUGCUUUUGACUGUGCGGGUGGAGAGUAUCCAUUAAUGAGCAGUUGGGAUGGUGGGUCUUCAGAACUUCUGUCUGGCUCUAAGGAGAAUCUUAUCUCAACUGAAAAGGGACCAAGUCAGCUCAAAUCACAGCCCAAAAAGUCUAGUGUGAAGAGGUAUAUCCCAUCCCCACGUCCCAGCAACAAGAGGCGUGGAGUUGUCCAGUAUACCACCCUAAAAUCAAAUCACAUAUCCAAAUCGCUGAGCUUGGAGAAUGUCGCUGAUACUUACCGUGGUAAAGGAGACAGCAGUGCCAGCAGCAGCAGUGAUGAAGAGGAUGUUGACAAGGGGACCCUAAAGGCAGACGGCACUUACAACGGCAUCAGUAAGUGUGAAAGCAGCUCGGGAUUUGCCCGUUACCUCAGCCAGAUGUCCCAGUACACCGGUAGGACUGAACUGACUGAAAUAGGAGCACCGAAGCAGGCUGCCUCGCUCCCCAAUCGCUACAAGCGCACCAAAUCUUGGGAGACAGGAGGCGAACCGCUGCUGGACAAUCCUUCCUUGCAGCCCAAACAGCCGGGCAUUGGCAGCAAACUCUGGGGCUUCACCAAGAAGAGCCCCCUGGUCACCCGGAAGUUCAAAUCCGCCAAGAUCCGCAGCUACUCAGACUCGUCCCCCAAGCGGGAGCCUACGGCGGAAUCGCGCUCCCGUUAUGGCUACAGUGGCAUCCCCAAAGCCCAACCUGCUGGUGGCGUCCCCUCAAAAGGCCCCGUCAGGCCUUCCUCCAAGGGUGCCCUGCAGGGGCUGAGACGCAUGCUAUCCAGGGAGUCGCUGAAUGCAGAGAAAGGGGCAGCCAAGAAGAAAAAUGGGAAUAACUCCAGGGGGGCUGACUACUAUGGUGUCUGCAGGGCUUGUGGACUAAAUGUGAAUUUGGGAGAGGAAAUAAGCAUCAAGGAUAGUGUCUACCAUAAUGCUUGUUUCAAGUGCUCCAGGUGUGAACAGUCCUUGUCGUUGAAGUACUAUCUUCAAAGGCAGAACUCGGGGCUGUCCAGCUACAAGCGACGGGAGAUGGAUGGACAGCUAUUGUGUGAGGAUCAUGCUCCCAAAGACAAGGGAAAAUCUGUCAAUGGAGAGAGUUCACAAGACCUUGACUUUUUUGAACUUCUGCAAAAAAUACAGAGUGAUCGCUUAGACGAGCAAAGAUGUUCAUUGCCAUUAGUACUUCAGAGUACUGGAUCACCUGCAGCUGCCAAAGAAAGACUCAAGGCACGGCACUCCAACACCUACAGAAUAAAAGAGCUCCUUAAAAAGAACGGGCCACAUCCCAACAUCCUCCAGCCCCAUAAUGGUGGCUUCUGGAUUGACGGCCUGGACCUGGACCCCUCGGCCACUGAUGACGUCAGUGCCGAACUCUGUCCAUUUGCCUCGGACCGGCUCGUCUUGGAAUACGACGACACAAACGAGAUGUACAGGAAAUACUUCCAUGGAAAGGAGCACUUUAACUACAUAGCCAUGGAUGAGAGCAUGGGACCUAUAGUACUAUCCAUCAAGCAGGAGACGACAAAUGCAGAAGAGCAGAUCAGAAUAUUACUCAGAUGUCGGAGUGGUACCACACACGAUCUGCUGCCAUUGUCUACCUUUGGAAACUCUCUUGUGCCGUCCAAACUUGCCAAAGUACUAGAUGAAGCUAUAACCACAGAAAGAUUUCAACCUGUCCUCUUUCCUAAGGCCUCUGAACUCAUUGUGACUUACGAUGAACACAUGUGUGUGAAGAACUUCAAGUUUGGAGUCAUCUACGAGAGAUACGGGCAGACGACGGAAGAAGAGCUCUUUGGCAACGUUAACAGCAGCGCAGCCUUCAACGAGUUCCUUGAGGUCAUCGGGGACAAAAUAGAGCUGAAGAAUUUCACAGGAUUUCGGGGAGGUCUUGACGUUCAACAUGGACAGACUGGUUCACAUUCCAUCUAUACAGAACACCUUGGCAGGGAAAUUAUGUUUCACGUGUCCACAUUGUUGCCACACACCGAAGGUGACAAGCAACAGUUGCAGCGGAAAAGACACAUAGGUAACGACAUCGUGGCCAUUGUUUUCCAAGAGGAGAACACGCCGUUUGUUCCUGACAUGAUCGCUUCCAACUUCCUCCAUUCCUUCAUUGUGGUGCAAGCAAUUGAGCCAAAUACGGAGAACACCAGAUACAAGGUUGCAGUAACAGCGAGGGAUGACGUUCCAUUCUAUGGUCCAGCCCUCCCGAGUCCGUCUGUUUUUAAAAAGGGUCCAGAGUUCAGAGAAUUUCUGCUGACAAAACUCCUGAAUGCAGAAAAUGCUUGCUACAAGGCUGAUAAAUUCAGCACCAUUCAGGAGAGAACAAGGGCUGCUUUGCUAGAUUCCCUGUACUCGGAGCUCAACAGCAAGAACGAGGAAAUCUUCUGCUCCAUCACCUGCCUGGACUCCUCCACCAGCCCCAGCAUCCUGAGCAAGGGAGACGGUAGCCCCGGUGGCCUCUGGCCUUCCUUCAAGAAAGCCUUCAGAGGACGCAGCCAGUCGGUGGACACAAGCACCAGCCCUAUGCACAACAAGGUCAAUGGGAACAUGAUGUUUGCCGCCGACAUUCCGGAGGAAGGGGAAGCAACUAGUCCAGUACAGCCUAAGGGAAACAGAAGCCUGAGGCUGAGCACAAGAAGUACAAGCAGCAACCAGAGCUACGGGAGUAGUGUUGGAGACAAGAAAGAGCCCAAGAGAAAAAGAGACAGCGUGCUCAGUCGGUCCUCACAUUCCUCCGAGAGCAUCAAUGGUAGUCAAGAAUCACACAAGUCCUCCUCCAACUCUCUGAACAGCUCACCCGAUGUUGCCAAUUCGAGAAUGAGAAUUUACACAUGCCGAGUGUCGCCAAGCAACUCCCUUGACAGCUUCAACAGUGACGACGAGCCACAUGAACAUGAAGAUUCUGACACGGGCAUGGGAAGUAUGUCAUCUGGUUGCAUUUCCAGCAGUAAGGCUAGCCCUCUCAAUCCUUGCCUGUGUCCCGAGGGGAAGUGCACCUCAGCUCUGGAAAUAGAAACAACUUUGUCACAGCAGCUGGAAUUAAUGAGGUCAGAAAUCAAUAAGUUAAAAGCUGAGAAACUUGAUCUCAUCAGAACAAAUGUGAGCUGGCAACAUGAUAUCAAGAAGUUAAAAGAGAAGGAGAUGCGACACGUGCAGGAACUCUCAGCUGCGCAGAAGGAGAUCCACAAGCUUCGAGAGGCCAAGGAAAUGCAGAAGGCAGAGUACAUUGAAGCCUUGUCCAGUGUCUAAAACCACCGACUGGUUGGCCAUUGCCCUACCAAUCAGCUGCCUAGUUGCUCACCUCAGACUCCAUCUGUGGUCUGCUUGGUGAGUGUCGGUCUCAUCAGCCAGGGGCUAUAGUGAGUUUCCAGCCCAGACAGGCAGGCAUUGUUCCGAUAUUAAGCACUUGAGGAGAUCUUCCCAAUUGAUCGUGAACAAUUUUUGAUCGGUCAGUUGAGUGGCAUGAGCAGAACUAGACCUUGCUAAAUGGUGUCUGGAAGCUAAGUUACAUGCGCAUCUGUAAAGAGGUCUGUGUAAUGCUGAGCACAGCCCACAUGAAUAGGAUUAGAAAGGAACCUGUUGACAAAGCACCAGCUUUGGGGAGACACUGCUAUUGGACAAUCUGAAUAUUAAUUAAGAAAGAGUACUUUAAAAAUUUGCUAAGGGAGUAAUUAAGUCUCUGAGCCUGGUUAUACAAAAUGUGAGGAUAUUUUACCAAGCAGCUAGAGCAAGUAAGAAUACCCAAAAAAAAUACAGAAUGGGUAAAGAGAUCCAGCACUGUUUGUACAAUGAAUACUUGAGUUUUUAUGUACACAACAAAAUUUAAACCUUAAAUAUUCAAAAUGAAGUACUGACGUGAAAGAUUUGUAACUAAAAUCUUGCUCUAUCCUUGCAGUUGGUGUACAGUACGGAAUUUAGAAGGCAUUGUUUGUAAGCAGUAGUUUACUGAAUUGUUGUGAAGAAAACCUUUACCCCUGACAGAGUAACUCACAGAGCAAGCUCCUGAUGGUGACCUCAUGCAUGUCUUUCUCAAGAGUUUGGCAUUGUGGUACUGCAUCUAUAGGAAGCAAUUACACAUGUAGCUGAUGGCUAAUCCACGUCUCAUUGACAUGUGUUCGCUGCUGCGAGGCAGUUGUGAUUCCGCUGCAUCGUCCUUUUCAGCUAGUUUUCAAAUAUCCAGCUCAUUCAAUCCAUCCAUCCACAACGCAGGUUGAUCUCAUUGAUCAAAUUCAGCAAAUAUUUCCUUGUGGGGUAACUUCUUCUCUGUGGUAUUUGCUCCGAGUUGAAGUCCACCCUCAGUGUCAGUGUUAUGUUAAACACGCCCUCUCUUGCUCCUGCUGGAGUGGACGGAAGGUCAAAACGAGCAGUUACAGACUCCAACUUUCUCACAGGCUGUUCAAACUUCUCCCGUGAGAGGUGUAUUCUGAUGUUAAUUCCCAAGCUGCCAAUAGGUGUAUUUACCUUGGUGGGGGGGGUCCAAAAGCACUAUUUUUAACUGAUUUUUUGGUUGCAUUGAAUUAUAUCCAUUCUCUUCCUCUCCUGUAAAUAAGUCUGACUCUGUCGGGCCUGUAUAAAAACGCAGUGAUGAAAACAUUCGCUGAAAAUGUGUAAUAUAUCUGUAUUUAUUACAAUAAGGAAGUAAGUACUAGUUUUAUGUUAUUGAUUAAACCUAUGUUCUUAAGUUAAGGAAGAGUGCAAGGUUGAGCCAGAAAUAACAAUAAGUGUCAGGUUAAUAAUGCUUUGUUGCCACCUGCAAUUGAAAGAUAAAGACAUAAAAUUAAUUAAAGACGAAAUGGAGUUGAGGACGUUCCAUUCGUUGUCUUAGGGGUGUUUUCGGGUUACCGUUGCAAACAGUAUCAAAAAAUCUGAAAGAUUUAGAUUAUCGUGAAAUGAAAAAAUUCUGUUAUUGUACUGCAUGCAAACCUAAAGUUGCACUGUUUUAAUGAGCUUAUCUUGCCUGUGAGUAGUAAUACCCACGUAAUGAAUUUAUGACUAGUUGUAUCUGAUCCCUUAUUGCUUCGAAAUCCGAAGAAUUUCCAGACAGCCCUUGCCCACUGAAAAUCUCUGCAAAGUGUUUUAUGGAAGUGAAUAAACUUACCCGAAAUUUAUCGCUGGCUGGUGAUGUUUUGGAAAUUCUAAGUGUACAUCUAAUUAAGCGCAUAUUUUAUAAUGAUUGUGUACUUUUUUGGAACGCAUGCACGUUACCUUAAGAAUAUACAUGUACAUGAUGGAGAGCUGCACGUGGCAAAUCGAUGGAUGCCAAAUUGUGAGACUCAAAAUGACGGUUUGAGCUGAGUUGGGUCAGAGAUUGAUUUCUGAAAGUUGUCGAAAUGACACUCCAAUGAUACAUCCUCACUCAGGUGAAUGUAGUACUUGAAUGCAAUGGCAAUUCGAGAUUCUUUGUGUUCAUUUUCAUAUUGUGUUUUGCCUGUAAAAACAAGUGAUGACGACGUUAUCAUGUACGAUCUUUACCACCGUCACCAUUACUUCUAUUGGCAAAACCCCUUCUAUUUAACCCAGAUGCCGCUAUUUUUGAAAGACAAAACCAGACGAGAGGUGAAAAAGAAAAUAAAGUAAAUUGAAAUGAACUAUUUUAAGACACGUUACAAUGCAAAAUGCGCGUAAUAAAUGUGGAAAGUAAAAACUGUUUAUAUAAGGAAUAGUAAGUAUAAAUUCUUCAUGCGUGAAUCAAUACGCAUAAUGUAAGUAGGUUUGAAGUACAUUGUACGUGUGAUAAAUGUAUAAUCCAGGGUGUUUAAUUUGCUUUUUUCAACAAAUGGCUUGUAAAUAUUUCUUGGAUAUAUCGACAGGUGGAGAGUUGUGUGUGUAAAUACCAAAUGUACAAAAAUGAGUUGCUUGAAAGGAUUGUUAUUAGAAUAUACUGCAAAUUUAUCUUUUUAAUGAAAGACGUUUUCUUGUGAAGUGAAGAAAUUAAUACAUGUACCUAGGAUUUAACCGAGUUGAAGAAAAGUCUCCUUGUGACUACGAAUGUUCUAUUGAAAAUGUUGACAGUGCCAUGACAAUUGCUAUACAGAAAUGGUGGCUCUUCUCAGAGCUUUUCUCAGCAAGUACUCAAUAAGGGAUGUUUUACGAUACUUGUUUCAUAAAUCGAUGUACCGACUGAUUAUUUUGCACCUUUUAUUACCAGUGUCGCGUAAAGCAAGCCUGUCCUAACUGUGACCAUGCCUUAAGAAAUUUUGAGAUGUAAUAAUUAUAUAUGUCUGGAAAAUUCUGGGGUAAAGUUCCUUUAUGUGGAAGGCGGAUUUAAUCAAUCUGGGUUUUGUUUGAUGAAACGUCUUCGUUUUUUUCAUGGUACAUGUGGUAUGCUCCUUGUAGUAGAGUGGUGUGCUUAUUGAAAAAUCUGCAAAAAGCGAUCCACAACACGAAGAAGAUUUUUUCCCCUAGAUUUGUCUCAUUUUUUCCUCUUUCACCUUUCGCAACUGUAAACAUCCCACAUUUUACCCUUUUGUUUUACCCUAGAAUGUUUUUCUCAGCUAUUUAAAUCGUCUCGGGAAGGUUCUUAGUUCCUGUUCCAGUAGAUCAGUAGACCCCAUUAUUCUGCAGAAAACAUUUAUUUCGUUACAUAUCCGAUUCCCUUGCACUACUAUAUUGGUGAUGAUUUUAUUUGUCUUCUUUUAAUUUCAGACAGGUUCCUAAUUUGCUGUGUUUUGUAAGUGUACAUGUAUGAUGUACUUUUAGUUUAAAAAAUCUUGCGUAAUACAGCAAACGAAAGAGUAACAAUCAAGUUUCAGAAUUGCCGAAAAAAAUAAAUGAAGCAAAGAAACUGUA